GAAAAUGUUUGGUGCUGGUUCUCCGACCAAAGCAACAAGUUGAGUGACCGCUUCCUGCUUCUGAUGGGCGUCCGACGAAAUUGGGAAGAGGACUUUGAAAUUAAAUUCAAUUGGCUGCACGACCAAUCAAUUAGGAGCUGGUUUGAGGACUCGGUAAGUCCGCGUUUGAGUCCUCGAUUCAUUUAGUUCGUCACGCCUGUGUUUUGUUUGCAGUCGUCCUUCCACUUUGUGCUCGGAGACGGUUUUCGUCCCAGCUCAGGUUUAUUUGGUCCGCACUUCUCGCUCCUCCCCCUCGUGUGGGGAAUCCGGUCGAGCGAGAAAUGCAACGGUGAAAGUUUUCCCCGGACCGGAGCGAGUCCCUCUCUCGGUUUGUUUGCGUUCAGGCGUCGGAGCCCCGGAGAGUUUGGCUCCGGGCGACUCGAGCUGUCCCCAGAAGAUGUUGACCCAGAUGCAGACGGGGGGCGUGAUCCUGGGCCUGCUGGGCUUGCUGGGCACCGGCCUGAUCUGCGGCCUGCCCGCCUGGAAGGUGUCUGCCUUCACGGGCGGCGACAUCGUGACUGCGCAGGUGUUCUGGGAGGGCCUGUGGAUGAACUGCGUGAUCCAGAGCACGGGCCACGCGCAGUGCAAGGCUUACGACUCGGUCCUGGCGCUGCCUCGGGACCUGCAGGCCUCCAGGGCGCUGGUGUGCGUGUCGCUGGGCGUGGGCGUGUUGGCGCUGGGCCUGAGCGUGCUGGGCACCCGCUGCACGUCCUUCCUGCGCCACGAUUGGCCCACCAAGAACAACGUGGGCCUGUCGGCGGGCGUGGCCUUCGUGGCGGCCGGCGUCCUUUGCCUGGCGCCCGUCAGCUUGUCGGCCCACGCCAUCGUCGUGGGAUUCUUCGACCCGCUGCCGUCGGAGGAGCGGCGCGGGGAGCUGGGCGCCGCCAUCUACGUGGGCUGGGCCUCGGGGGCGUUGCUGGUCAUCGGCGGCGCACUCGUGUCCUCGGUGUACACGUGCUGACGUGUGCGGCGUCUUGCGCGCGUCACACACGCUCACUCGACUUGUCGACUUUUGCGGUUUCGGGUCGCGGUUUUUCCUACAUUUGAUCAGAAUUGUAGCACCAAAUUGUUUUCGGCACACGGACAAAAGAC